AGUGGCCAAUAUGAAUAUCUACUUUCAAAAGAAAAAAACAUAGUCUAGAUGUACCCAAAAAGAGAAACAAAGAGGACUGGGGAAAUUAUAGAAAGUCAACCUAGCAUCUAUGCCUGGAAAGAUACAGGAACAAAUUGUUAAACAAUCCAUUUGUGAGCGCCUAGAGGGCAACAUGAUAAAGAAUAAUAGCUAACAUGGAUUUGUCAAGAACAAAUCAUGCUGGAAUUAACAUCAUUUCCUUUUUCGAUGGAGCGAGAGCACAAUGGAUAGGGAGGAAGCUUUGGACAUGAUGUAUCUUGUAGGAAAGCAUUUGAUUUCCAUGUGACAUUCUCAUAGGCAAACUAAGGAAAUCUGGUCUUCAUAAAAUUACUGAAAUGUGGGUGCAAAACAUCCUACUAAAAGUGUAUUUCCCAAUGGUUCACCUGGAGGAUGUAGUUAGUGGGGUCUAUCAGGGUCUGCGCUGGGUCUUGUACUCUUCAGUGAACUGGAUAAUGGAGUGGAGAGUAUUCUUAUCAAAUAUACAGAGUACCCCAAGCUAGGAGGGUCAAGCACUUAGGAGGAGGGGUGGAGAAUUCAGUAUGAGCUUGUCAUUUCUGCUUUGCCCCUACCUUGCCAAAUUAGGGCUCAAAUGAACCUGCCUUGUCUGCAGAAGCCAGUGGGCCUGAAACCACAUCCUUUCUUCUGAGACCUGAACUGACCGUCACAGGUAGCACUGUACGUUUUGUCUCUCAGCGAGAAAGCCUAGCACAAGGCUUGCCGCCUUGCCAUGCGUAUAUAACCGGGAGGCACUUUCGUAUUGAAGAAAUGCGCCUGUCUUUAUCAAGAGGAUUUGAAACAGAAUGAGGAAGGCUUGUGCCUACUUGUGGAGGUCGGAGGCUGAGUUCGUAGCUUGAACAAGGCUUGUGGUGGGUUCAUCUGGGUGUCCCUCCAUUACAAUGAUUGGUGUGCUCCUUCUCUGCAUGUGUAUAGAUACCUCAGCACUCUCUGUAAUUUCAUCCCAGAACCCAGUCCGGGUCUCUCCCAGUCAGACUGCUGUCCUGCCCAUCUCCCUCCGGUUCCACAACUCCGCGUGGGAAUUCUAUCAUGUCAAGUGGCAAUUCGUCACCGGCAACCGGCCCAUCUUGGUCUACAUGGUGGACAAAUGCAUUGCAGCCCCUGGGUCACAGGAAAGAACCUGCCAGCACAACCUGGAGCUGGCGGGAUUUUAUCAGCAGCGAGCGAACAUCUCCUUUGAGAAAGAGAAUGCUUCACUAGUGCUCAGAGCUGUGCAACCAGACGAUGCGGGGACCUACCGGGUCACAGUACGAAGCUUGGAUGUGUCGGACACUGCACUAGUGAACCUGAUUGUGGAAGGUAACAGAGGGGAAGCAAGUCCCGUGAUGGAAAGUAUCACGGGGGAAACCGAGUCUCUGGUGAUGGGAGGUAACAGGGAAAAUGAGCUCACCAGUGACAGAGUGGAAACCAGCCCCCUGGUGACAAGAAUUGACAGAGGGGAAACUACCAGCCCCCUGGUGACAAGAAUUGACAGAGGGGAAACUACCCCACUGGUGACGAGAAUUGACAGAAGGGAAACUACCCCACUGGUGACAGGAGGAAACUUUGCACGGAAAAGCUUCCGCAACAUUAACAUAAUCCGACUGGUCUUUGCCUUCCUGGUUCUCUGCAUUUUGGCACUGAUAUUAGGAGAGCAUGUUCAUACAUUCAUCAACAACUUCCCUACCUGUGAGGAGACGCUGGGUCCGUCUGAGAUGGAGAGGCAUCCCUGAUUGGGGCUUCACAACACACAACUAUUGAUCUUUCUACUUUCACUCCCUUCCAUGGACAAUGACUGCUGC